AGGAGCCGCCUUCCCUCUUCCCGCUGCAGUUUCCUCUUACAACUUUUUCCCUUCUGAGUGCCUGAAGUGACUGACCGUAUUACGACUCUCCGGAGGAAAGAUGUCGUCCAAUUCGAACCUGAGCUCAAUGCGGCGUCUGGUGGAGCAACUGAAGCUGGAAGCGAGUGUGGAGCGAAUUAAGGUGUCUCAAGCAGCUUUAGAGCUGCAGCAGUACUGCAUUCAGAAUGCCUGCAAAGAUGCUUUGCUGGUUGGAGUGCCUGCAGGGAGCAACCCUUUCCGGGAGCCUCGGUCCUGCUCUGUGCUCUAAGCAAAAGGGAUACCUGACGCUCGCACUUUUGACACUUCAGAAGCCUCACAAGACUACAGCAGCUGCCUGCAUCCUUCACUGGGGGGAAGCCAUUUAAAAUACCUGGCCAAAUGAAAUAUUUAUUAGUAUAUUUACAGUCACACAAAUGGAUGUUUUUUGUUGUUUGUAUACUGUUUUAUAUAAAAGAACACAAUGCUGAUACAUUUUUAAUGCUCUUCACUUUUUGAAUCACCUGAAAUAAUGUUUACACGUGUAAAAUCUUGUUAGAUCUAAUGCCCACUUGUUGACGGAUCGUUUCUGUUUUUAAAGCGUAACAUUUUAGUGGUGUUGAUUUGGUUCAGCUUGUGUGCUGCUCCAGUCUUCACCAGGCAUUGGCACUCUUUUAAAGUUUAUGCACAUUCUUGUUAAAGGGGGGAAAAAAAAUCACAUUUUACUUGAACUCUUUAUAACCGGUUGCACAGGUUUUAAAAUUUGUUCAUAUUAAUAGAACAUAUUUUAUACAUCUUUAAUAGGGAAUAAUGAUAUUUUUAACAAGGUCACAGGUUUUGGAUCACUUACUCUUGAUAAUAUUUCUUACCUUUUGGAUUUUCUAUUGUUUAUGAAAUUGAUACUAAUAUGUUGCACCUCUUUUUAACUAAUAUUAUUAAAAGUAUUUAAUUUAGCACAAA